UGGCGUGUGCAGGUUUCCCAAGCCGGUGCUAGCUAAGCAGUAUAACGUCUAAGCAGUAUCUUCAUUAGGUUCAGCUGAAAUGUAUGUGAUUUUUAAGGAGUUGCCGAGGGACAGAUAAAACCGUCCAGAGAGGCGCAGUCUACUAACAGGCUUCUAGAACAGAGGAGACCUGCAGCCAUGGCAGGCAAGGGUCGUGGAGUGGGUGCUUUUACCUUCAAUAUUGACGCUCUGGGCAUCGGCAGGGGCAACAUGCCAGAAGCCAGGGUGGGGCCCAGUCCUCUGUUUCCAAGCACUGAUUUUAAACCAGUUCCACUGAAAGCUGGCGAGGAUGAGGACUACAUGCUGGCCUUAAAACAAGAGAUGAGGGGAACAAUGCAACGGCUGCCAUACAACAUCAAACCUCAGUCCAAUAAAGCAGAAGUGGAGAGAUACACCGAGAGAUACCUGAAGCAAAGCCAGAUUGAUGACAAUGAAUGGACUCCAGACUGGAACUUUUUUCCAAAAGAACUGAUGCCCAGAAGAAAACGACCUCGAGCUAAAACGGCCACAAAGAAAAGUGCGAAGAUAUCACGCAAGGACGCAGAGAACAUUCUGACCAAAUUAGAUGAACUGGCAAACAAAGAUGACCCUGAAAAAUCAGAUGAGGAGACUGAAAAGAAGCCGGGAAAUAAGGAUGAAGAAGAGGAAAUUGAAGAGGAAGAAUAUGAAGAGGAGGAUAUUGAAGAGGAAAACGACUACAUAGAAAGCUACUUCGACAACGGUGAAGAUUUCGCCGCGGACAGUGACGAUAAUAUGGAUGGCGAAGCAACAUAUUGAGCAUCUCUCAAGCACGGACGUGCUGAAGUUAAACAUAAUGUGACUGCUUCUUUUGGUUAAAAAUUGCACAUGAGUUGGGAAAGCUGUUCAGUAGAGUGGAGCGAUUUCUUUUUCUGAUCGAGCUUUCGUUAAAGACUAAUGUAAAUAAGAAAUGCUGAAAUAUGUGCACAUGGCAAUAAUUUAUUCAAAAUAGAUUGAUUUAUUUUUCAUCCUGUAGACAGGUUUCACAGGUUGAAGGCACAUACUGUUAACACACAAUGUUCUGUCAUAGAAUAUCAACUGAACACAAUGAUAAAAUAAAAGGGCUACAUAACAAGUCUAAAAA